CCAGGAAGACGCCUGCAGAGCUCGGCUGCUGGUGCAGCAGCGGCCGGGGCCAACGGGUUGUGCUGCGUCCGGACUUCCUACCUGCAAGCUCUAUGUCUGGUAUCUAGGUGGGGAGGCGGGACGUGGUCGGACUGGGGCUGUGGAGGUGCGGAGUGCUCUCUGAGGCUUAGAGGAGAUUCAGGCUGCGGCCUGUCAGAGCCAGUCAGGGAGGCGCCCACACGCCUGACAGGGUAAGAUGGCGGCGAUGGCGCCUGGAGGUAGUGGCAGUGGCGGCGGCGUGAAUCCGUUCCUCAGUGAUUCCGACGAGGACGACGACGAGGUAGCGACCACCGAGGAGCGGCGGGCAGGACUUCGGCUGAGUGCCGGAGGUGGACUAGAUCCUGGCUCUGCUGGCUCGCUAUCACCACAGGAUCCCGUGGCCUUAGGGAGCGGUGCACGGUCUGGGCUCCCUGGGGAGGCGUCGGCUGCCGCGGUGGCUCUGGGGGGCACUGGAGAGACCCCGGCCCGAUUGUCAAUUGAUGCGAUCGCGGCUCAGCUGUUGCGCGAUCAAUACUUGCUGACCGCCCUGGAGCUGCAUACGGAGCUGUUAGAAAGCGGCCGCGAGCUGCCUCGACUGCGCGACUACUUCUCCAAUCCAGGCAACUUCGAGAGGCAGAGUGGAACCCCGCCGGGAGUGGGGGCGCCUGGGAUCCCUGGAGCAGCCGGCGCUGGUGGCGCUGGAGGUCGGGAACCGAGUACAACGUCGGGCGGAGGACAGCUCAAUCGAGCUGGGAGCAUCAGUACCCUCGAUUCUUUAGACUUUGCAAGAUACUCAGAUGAUGGUAACAGGGAAACAGAUGAGAGAGUGGCAGUCCUGGAGUUUGAACUACGGAAAGCCAAGGAGACCAUUCAGGCCCUCCGAGCCAACCUGACAAAGGCUGCAGAACAUGAAGUUCCUUUACAGGAACGAAAAAAUUACAAAUCAAGUCCUGAAAUUCAGGAGCCAAUCAAACCUCUUGAAAAGAGAGCUCUAAACUUCUUAGUCAAUGAAUUUUUAUUGAAGAAUAACUACAAGCUAACAUCAAUAACGUUUUCAGACGAAAAUGAUGAUCAGGAUUUUGAAUUAUGGGACGAUGUAGGAUUAAACAUUCCCAAACCUCCAGACUUACUGCAACUCUAUCGAGAUUUUGGAAAUCAUCAAGUGACUGGGAAAGAUCUUGUGGAUGUGGCCAGUGGGGAGGAAGAAGAUGAGUUAGAGGCUCUUACCCCAGUUAUAGGCAACCUUCCUCCAACCAUUGAAACUCCCCUGCCUGUAGAGAACUCCUUGCUAGUGCAGAAGUUAGAAGAUAAAAUUAGUUCAUUAAAUAGUGAGAAGUGGUCAUUGAUGGAGCAAAUCAGAAGACUUGAAAGUGAAAUGGACUUCCUCAAAAAUGAACACUUCGCCAUCCCAGCAGUUUGUGAUUCUGUUCAACCUUCUUUGGAUCAGUCACCCCACAAAGACUCUGAAGGCAGUAGACAGAAUUCAGUUGUAAAUAGUAUAGACAAGGAGAAAAACAAAGAUAUCCACCUUUCAAUAUCAGAUGUUGAUUCCACUACUCCUAAAGAGAAUUCCCCAAAUUCUUUUCCCAGGAGAGAAAGAGAAGGAAUGCCAUCUUCUUCUCCAGCAAGUAAAAAUACAGUUCAUUUUGAUAAACCCAAUAGGAAAUUGUCUCCUGCUUUCCACCAAGCACUACUCUCUUUUUGUCGAAUGUCAGCAGAUAGUCGCUUAGGAUCAGAGGUAUCUCGGAUUGCAGACAGUGAAAAAAGUGUUAUGUUAAUGCUGGGACGCUGCCUGCCACACAUUGUUCCAAAUGUACUGUUGGCAAAGAGAGAGGAAUUGAUUCCCCUCAUAUUGUGUACAGCUUGCCUCCAUCCUGAGCCUAAGGAGAGAGAUCAGCUUCUUCACAUACUUUUCAAUUUGAUCAAGAGGCCAGAUGAUGAGCAAAGGCAGAUGAUACUGACGGGUUGUGUGGCAUUUGCACGUCACGUUGGGCCAACACGUGUUGAAGCUGAACUUUUACCACAAUGUUGGGAACAGAUUAAUCACAAAUACCCAGAAAGACGACUUCUCGUGGCAGAAUCCUGUGGAGCACUGGCACCUUACCUUCCCAAAGAAAUCCGCAGCUCCUUGGUUCUUUCAAUGUUGCAACAAAUGUUAAUGGAAGAUAAGGCCGAUUUGGUAAGAGAAGCUGUGAUCAAAAGCCUUGGUAUCAUCAUGGGGUAUAUUGAUGAUCCAGACAAAUAUCAACAGGGUUUUGAAUUGCUGCUGUCAGCCUUGGGUGAUCCCUCAGAAAGAGUAGUUAGUGCAACACAUCAAGUAUUUUUACCAGCGUAUGCUGCUUGGACUACAGAACUUGGAAAUUUACAGUCUCAUCUUAUACCUACACUGCUGAACAAGAUCGAAAAACUUCUCAGGGAAGGAGAACAUGGGCUGGAUGAGCACAAGUUACACAUGUACCUUUCUGCCUUGCAGUCGUUGAUCCCAUCUCUCUUUGCAUUAGUGCUACAGAAUGCUCCUUUUUCCAGCAAAGCCAAGCUUCAUGGUGAAGUGCCACAGAUAGAAGUGACGAGAUUUCCUCGGCCUAUGUCACCUCUUCAAGAUGUGUCUACUAUUAUCGGAAGUCGUGAGCAAUUGGCAGUGCUGCUACAACUUUAUGAUUACCAGCUGGAACACGAGGGUACAACAGGCUGGGAGAGUUUACUGUGGGUUGUCAAUCAAUUGUUGCCACAACUUAUAGAAAUAGUUGGCAAAAUUAAUGUUACUUCAACUGCCUGUGUCCAUGAAUUCUCCAGAUUUUUCUGGCGCCUUUGCCGGACAUUUGGCAAAAUUUUUACAAACACUAAGGUAAAACCUCAGUUCCAGGAGAUUUUAAGACUGUCUGAAGAAAACAUUGAUACUAAUCCUCAGCUUGGGGUCCUCACUAAAGCUACAGUCCCCAUUUAUGCAACAGGAGUCCUUACAUGUUAUAUUCAGGAAGAAGAUCGGAAACUGUUAGUGGGAUUCUUAGAAGAUGUAAUGACCCUACUUUCAUUAUCUCAUGCGCCUCUUGAUAGCCUGAAGGCUUCUUUUGUGGAACUGGGGGCAAAUCCAGCCUACCAUGAGUUACUGUUAACUGUUCUUUGGUACGGUGUUGUCCACACGUCAGCACUGGUGAGGUGUACUGCUGCUAGAAUGUUUGAGCUGACUCUUCGAGGCAUGAGUGAAGCGUUAGUUGACAAGCGGGUUGCUCCGGCCCUUGUUACCUUGUCCAGUGAUCCUGAAUUCUCUGUCAGGAUCGCCACAAUUCCAGCUUUUGGCACUAUUAUGGAAACAGUUAUUCAAAGAGAGUUGCUGGAAAGAGCGAAAAUGCAGUUGGCUUCUUUCCUGGAAGAUCCUCAGUAUCAAGACCAGCAUUCUUUGCAUACAGAAAUCAUAAAAACAUUUGGUAGAGUCGGGCCUAAUGCAGAACCCAGGUUCCGAGAUGAGUUCGUUAUACCACAUUUGCAUAAAUUAGCCCUGGUGAACAACUUACAAAUUGUGGAUUCUAAAAGACUGGAUAUUGCCACCCAUCUCUUUGAAGCCUACAGUGCACUCUCCUGUUGUUUUAUUUCAGAAGAUUUAAUGGUAAAUCACUUUUUACCUGGUCUCAGAUGUUUACGGACUGACAUGGAACAUCUCUCUCCAGAACAUGAGGUUAUUUUAAGUUCCAUGAUAAAAGAAUGUGAACAAAAAGUAGAAAACAAGACCGUCCAAGAGCCUCAAGGCUCCAUGUCAAUUGCUGCAAGUUUAGUGAGCGAAGAUACAAAGACCAAGUUUUUGAACAAAAUGGGCCAGUUGACAACAUCGGGCGCCAUGCUGGCCAAUGUGUUUCAGAGAAAGAAGUAGAAGCAGAAGGAAGCCCCCGGUAAACACUAAGAUGGACCUCAAGCAGACUGGUUCCUUGUACUUGAAGUACUUGCCUUUUUUAUUUCCUCGGUUUUAUGUUCUUGCAUUAUAAUUUUAUCCUAACCUCCAAAGAUAUUUGCACUGCUUUUGAUUAUUGCUGUAUAUCGGUUGAUUUUGGAGUUACAACUGUGGUGAUAGAAAAUUGAGUUGAUAGUCUGUACCAAGUCCCUCUUCCAUGUUCUUGUCUUUCAGAAUAAUUUUUAUAUAUAUAUAUAUAUUAUAUAUAUAGUGAAGAGGUUUUUUAUUUUAAUUUUUGGAUGGGUUAUUGGCAAAUAUCUGUAUUAUACACUAAGCUAUUCCAAUGGUACUUAAAAUAAUGUAAAUUUGAAGUCAUUGUUAUAAAGUAAUAAAAGUGGAGAUUACUUAAGUAUUUAAAUUAUGAAAGAAUAAUGCAGACUUUUUAUUGUUUCUUAACUGACUAGAAAGAGCCACCAGCAUUACUCUGUGCCUUUUGGACUUCAGUUUGUGUGUCCUGUGGGAUUUGUGUGCAUUCCAUUCAUGCAGUUUUCCUUUCGGGUGCUGUGCUGAAUUUGAAUGUCGAAUCCUGCAGUAAAUAGGUAAUGAUGAACCUUCCAACAUUUCUGAGCUCUCGUGAAUAUUCUGUAAGUGCUAUUGCAACCUCCCCAGCACGUCCGCGCGUUAGUGGACAGCCCUGAGGAAGACAGCACUCAGGCACGGGGAGCGGUAAUGGAGGUGAAGUUUCCCGUAUUGGUAUAUAGUAGAGUUAAACAUUCAAAAAUAACUGUAACUGACGAGAGCUAAUAAUUGUGACAUUUUCCCCACGUUGCAACACAGAAGAAAAUAUUGCUCAAAUCUGAAAUUGAAUACUAAUGUAUGUAAAACAUUUAAGAUGUGUUCUAAUGAUUUUAAAUCUAGAGAUUAUCUUUUCACUCUGUGUGUCACAGGGAGUACGGGGAAGUUAAGGACAUUUGGGGGCUGCUUUUUUCCCUCUAAACUAAAAAAUUGACAUUGGCUACAUUGUUACUGGUUAGUUUCCACCUUGUCCCUUAAAGUCAGUGGCUAUUGUUGUGUUUGAUAUGUAUUAGUCUGAAGUCUGUGUGCAGUUCCACUGGAAUUUGACAUUUGUCUAUACAUAGUCAUGCAACUGGAAUAGUAAGCAGUGCUGGACAUAGAAAGGGAAGGGGAUGGUUGGUUUAAGGGGUUAAUGUGAGGCCUUUUUGAAAAAAAAGAAUAUUUUGAUAAAGAGAAUUCUUGUUUGAGCACAGUCAAUGCACAUAGGUGAUUCGAAUAUUUAUUGUAUAAACCAGUUUAAUAUACUUGGAACAUGGUUGGAUUAUCCUCACUUCCUAGGAAAGCUAGCCUACCACACAUUCAAACUUAUAAAAUAAUUUGCCAUAGGCAAAGCCAUUGAAAAAGUUCAUUCUGAAAUUAUUACAUUUACCUACAGUGAAAUGAUCGUUGAACAGCUAGUCUUUCUGAAAACUGUUGGGCUCUAGG